UGCGUCACGCCGGCGGAGGGCACGGUGGGCUGCGGCCGACCCGCAGACGAGGAGCCAGGCGUCCCGGGCGAGGGGGAGGCGGCCGCACCCGCCCUGGCAGCCGCGAGCGGCGCGGCCCGGGACCGGCCGGGGGUCGCCAGCGAGCAGCCGCCGGCUCCAUUCAUUCCCGCGGCUCCGCCUCCUUUCCCGGGCUCCGGUGGCUUCGGAGGCGCGUCCGAGAGGAUGGCAUUCCCUGUGGAUAUGCUGGAUAAUUGCAGUCAUGAGGAAUUGGAAAAUUCUGCUGAAGAUUAUAUGUCAGAUCUAAGAUGUGGGGACCCUGAAAACCCUGAACGUUUUUCUCUUCUCAAUAUUACGAUUCCUAUUAGCCUGUCAAAUGUAGGCUUUGUACCUCUUUAUGGUGGAGAUCAGACCGAGAAAAUUCUUGCUCUUUUUGCACCUGAGGACUCACUCACAGCUGUGGCACUUUACCUUGCUGAUCAAUGGUGGGCUAUUGAUGAUAUUGUGAAAACAUCUGUCCCUUCUAGAGAAGGGCUUAAGCAGGUGAGAACUCUUGGGGAGAGAGUGGUUCUGUAUGUUCUGAACCGGAUUAUUUAUAGAAAACAGGAAAUGGAGAGAAAUGAGAUACCAUUCCUGUGUCAUAACAGUACUGAUUACGCCAAGAUUCUGUGGAAGAAAGGAGAAGCCAUUGGGUUUUAUUCAGUUAAGCCUACAGGAAGCAUAUGUGCCUCAUUUCUUACCCAAAGCUACCAACUGCCAGUUCUUGAUACGAUGUUUGUAAGAAAGAAAUACCGAGGCAAAGAUUUUGGGCUUCAUAUGCUGGAGGACUUUGUUGAUUCCUUUACGGAAGAUGCUCUUGGCUUGCGGUAUCCACUCUCCUCUCUCAUGUACACAGCUUGCAAGCAGUACUUUGAAAAGUAUCCAGGAGACCAUGAACUCCUUUGGGAGGUUGAAGGUGUUGGACACUGGUAUCAGCGAAUACCAGUCACCAGAGCAUUACAGAGAGAAACACUUAAAAUUACAGCAGUUUCUCAAAAUGAAGCUAAAAGACCUAUGUCUGGAGAGUAUGGUCUUUCAUCUGUUCCAGAAUAUGAAGCAGAAACUGAAGACAAUCAGUCUAGUGAGAUGCAGCUAACUAUUGACUCUCUAAAAGAUGCCUUUGCAAGUACUUCUGAAGGUCAUGAUAAAACACCAGUUUCCACUCGUACUCGAAGUAGUCAUCUGAAGCGGCCAAAGAUUGGGAAACGGUUUCAGGAUUCUGAAUUUAGUAGUUCUCAAGGAGAAGAUGAAAAGACAUCCCAGACUUCACCUACAGCUUCGAUAAACAAAUUGGAAUCUACUGCACGCACAUCAGAGAGCUCAGAAGAAUUCCUGGAAGAAGAACCUGAACAAAGUGUGAUUGAAUUUGAGGACGAAAGUAGUGAUAAGGAUGCUCGGCCUGCACCAGAAACCCAACCACGUGUGGAAAAGCAAGAUGGUGAAAAGGAAUCUGAAUUAGAGCCUAUGAAUGGUGAGAUAAUGGAUGAUACUCUUAAAACCUCACUUAUAACUGAAGAGGAGGACUCCACCAGUGAAGUUUUAGAUGAAGAAAUAAAAUUGCAAUCUCUUAAUUCCAGCGAAGACUCUACCACUCUUGUUCCACUGGUGGUAGAAUCUUCAAAACCCCCUGACACUGUUGCACAGGAUAAGACCUCACAUAUAACUGACUCAGAAAUGUUGCUGGACGAAGGCCCAUCUGAUGAAAAGGGGCACACUGAAGAGAAACUGCCACUAGUUUCAAGAAAGAAAGCACAUUUUGGGAGUUCAGACAAUGUUGCUACUAUCCCAAAUGAAGAACGAUCUGACAGUGGUUUUCCAAACUCUGUGAUAGCUGAAUUUUCUGAGGAAUCAAUCUCUGAAAAUUUAUCACCCAACACUACUUCUUCAUUGGAAGACCAGGGUGACGAGGGGGUACCUGAGCCCCAGGAAACGUCUACAGCUCUUUCUCAGAGCUCUUUGAUAGAAGUUGAACUUGAAGAUGUGCCAUUUUCACAGAACGCGGGACAGAAGAACCAGUCAGAGGAGCAGUCUGAAGCAUCUUCUGAGCAACUGGAUCAGUUUACGCAGUCAACAGAAAAAACGGUGGAUAGCAGCUCAGAGGAAAUAGAAGUGGAAGUGCCUGUGGUAGACAGGCGGAAUUUAAGAAGAAAGGCCAAAGGGCAUAAAGGACCUGCUAAGAAGAAAGCCAAGCUGACAUGAAUGAAGAAGAUACGCAGAUGAUAAAUCCUCUUUGUAACAUUAUUGUUUUUAAAAUAUGGUGAUUAAUAAAUGGCAUGGGGCACAGGGCAAAAAUUGCAAAAUUUCACUUUGAACUUAUUUAUGAUGCCGGUUUUCCGUCCCCCUUAGGACCUGGGAUUCACCAUUCUUUUUAAUUUUUCAGGCUAUUUUGUGUAAAUACAAUUUUUUUUAUUUUUAUUAAACCAUGUUUCGACUUUGGGAAACCAGAUCAUACUAUAUUUUCUUUAGCAAUUGGGGACAUCUGACCAUUAAAAUUUUAGAAAAUAUAAAUUAAACUGAAAGUAGUAGGCUUUACAUUACUUGUAAGGAUCACAGAAAUCUUUUAUACUAUGGAUUUUAAUAGUAAACUUGGUGAGGGUUCUAGAAGUUUUAUCUUAAAAAUCAAAACUAAUCAUUUUUUAAAAUGUAGGCAUGUCUAAACAAAAAUGUCAGUAAAUGAAAAUAUACUUCAACUAAAUGAGAGCACAAAUAAAAAUUUAUGGUGAAAGGUUUAUGAAGAUAGUAUUUUGGCCUCUUAAUUCUUAGUUGUGUAGAUGCAGUCUCUUCCUUGGACUUCAGUGUCUGAGGAAAGGUAUAAAAUCUGUUUCCACCUCAGUCUUUAUAACAUCUAAUAUUUACGGUACUGCUAGGGAUUUAACUCUGGCAUGUAGGCACUAAUUAUAAAAUAUCAUUUGAAGCUGGGGACUAUUCGUUUUGUCCUCAUCCAAUUAACAUGUAUACUUCAGAAGUGUGAGAACCCUUCCUAAGGCUUCUCCUCAAUCCUGUCACUGCCUUUACUCUAGAAAUCAGAUAUUCUCCUCAGCUUUCAUCCACUUCCCUAACUCAGAGUGAUUCCUGCCAAAAGAUCUGCUGCCUGUCUGCCAGCUUAUGCCCUUGGCAUCCGUAUCUGGGUAGGUUUGGACUGUGCCCCCACAAUCUUAGAUCUAGACGGCAGGAAUGAAUCUGCUCAAGGAGCUAUAUAGUUCAAAGAGCUUAGCUCAAAUUGGAGGCUUUGGUUGUUGCUCUGGUCUUGCUCACUUGUUCUGUGAGGACAGGUUACAAGCUAGCCUAUGUGUAUACAUUGUGGUACUAGGCCUUUGCCUAGGAAAACUUAAAUUCUCUUGUUAAUUUUUAUAUAGUAAUUUAUUUAAAAAUGAACAAAAUGGUUAUUCUUAGAAUCCAAAGAGAAUCUUAAAACAGUCCUACUCUUUGGAAGUAUUGUGUGUACUCAGAUUUGCAGUUAAUUUGGAGAAUCCUUUGAGACCAUUAAGAUUGUUUUUAAAACAGCUUGGUCCUUAUAAUGAAAGAACCACGUUAUGACUUUGUGUCAUUAUUUGAGGUGCUAAGGAUUGAUGUCAAAGGUUUAUCCAGUCUACAGUCAGGUGAUGUCAUUAAAUUUUAUUUUGGAAUGUUGAUAUUUUAGGUCUAAUAAGCUAAGUUAAAAUGUUUAAGCAGGCAAAACAGCAAACCCUCCUAUUCAUGUAAAAUUUUGAAUACUUGUAUCCCCUACAUUUUCCUUAAUUAUUGGUCAGAGGCAAGCCAGAUGAUUUCACUCCAAGUGAAAAUUAAAGCACUUUGGCCAUUUGUUUUCUCAACAAAUGCUGAUUAAUUGAAAAAAUAAAUAUGACUGGUACAUCUAUCACAUUUAUGCUGUUUUAUAGAUUUUGUGAGAAACUUUACUAUCACAAUUAGGGAAAUAAAGAUAUGAGGAUUUAGUAAAUUCUUAACCUUUCCAUUUUUAAUUUAAAAUAGAUUUAAAAACCUAAUACUUAGAUAUUUUACUUUUUUACUUGGAUUGUUCACUGUUCUCUUGAGAAUACUUUCUUUAAAAGGGUGUAGUUUAAGACUGAGGUCACUGACAACUCUCGAUAUGUGAAUAUAGUUGCUGAGUUCACAAAACAUGUUUAGUUAUUCAUAUAUAAUAGGACUAACAGUAUAAACUCGUAAUUGUUAAACUUCUUUGGUUUAUUCUUAAAACAGCAAGAGCAUUUUAAGCAGUUUCAGAACUUUAUGCUUAGCAUACAAGAAAACUUUUAUUACGUAUUAUCUCUGACCGAAAAUGUUAUUUUGGGGGUUUGUAGAUGGUAGAGAAAGCUAGGUAACAUAGAAAAACCUUACUUUCAUGUUCAGUAACACGUUCAUGUUCAGUAAUGAGUUCUGUACUCAAUGAGUAUAGAAUUUAUAACAAAACUUAUCCUCAAUAAGGAAUCUAAAUAAAACUAAUCAGAUACUUAGUUUUUUGCAAGGCAUUAGAAAAACUUGAGAAUUAUAGAGACUGAAAUCGGAUUUCAGCCAGCCAGUCUAGUUAUUGAGUGUCUAGUCACAUUCUAUAGUCCUUUGUGAACUGCUUUUUUCUGUUUAGAAGUUUUAUUUCUGGAAAAGGAUUUCACUUCAGUUUGUGUAAAUAUGUGUAUAUUUCCUUGUGUAAUAUAAAACAGAUAUUAACAAAAUUUUAGUUCUUUCAAGUUUAAAUUAUCCAAUUGCUAGACAUCACAGAAAUAUAUUUAACAAUUUAUUAUAAAGCUCCUCUAAACUUUUAAAGAUGAGAGGAUCUAUUAUGAUUUUUUAUAAAAUCAAAUAGCAUGACAGAAUGUCAGUCUUCUACUUAAAAUGUCUAUAUUCACUGUGUUUCCAUUCACUGCAAAGAAUAAAUAUGGCAAGGAUAACACUACUAGUGGUUAACGGUUCACUUUUAGCUGACCAGAACACUACCUAAAAUUGUUUCAGUGACUUUAGAAAGUAUCUUGAAGGUUUAUGAUUACAUCAAAUUGAGUCUUUACCUAGUAUCUAAAUAUCUGCUCUUAUGUACUGCUUUACCCUUAGGGAUUACCUUCUAAGGUUUGGUCACACCAGCAAACUGAUACAGAUCUUGAUGUAAAUACAGAAUUUAUACUAACACUCAUCUGUGUAACAGCAUUUUAGAAAUUUCUGCUUUGUAUGUCCACUAGUAGCUAAUCUGGUGUUUAAAGUCCAGUCUUUCAUGGAUGUGAUUAGUUACAAAUGUUAUGCUUCUGUUGGCAUACUUAAUAUAAAGCUUUCUUUGUAGAAGAUACUUAAUUUGCUUAUUUUGGGUUCUAAAAAAUAAGCAGACUGAGUUCUGUGGGAUUAUGCUUACCUCUAUUUUUUUUCACCUUCCAAAUCUUAGUCAUUCACACAUUCCCCAUUUCUAUUAGUGGCAAAAUCAGUUGUUAAAAUAUAAUUGUAAGAAAGGUUCAGCUUCCUGUCAUCCUGAAGUAAUUGUAUCAUACUGGAUAGUCAUUCCCAAGGAACUAGCCUUUCUUAAGUGUGUAUGUGUUCUAAAACUUCUAGGUUUAUAGAACUUAGAAAAGAUGUUACGUUAUUCAGAAUAAAGUCUUAUACUGAGGUACUCAAGUUUGUUUUCUUGGUAGGUUUUUUUUCCUUUUUUUAAGUUUAAAAAGUAUGUUUUGUGAUUGUUUCUUGGCCUGUGUUUUGAUAUUCUUUCCCUUUUCCCUACUUUAAUUGACGAAGAUGUGUUUAGAUAUUGAAUUUGUUUAGACAUUAAAUGAUUUUGUUAAAGGCACAAUUAAUCACAUUGGUUGUACUUUCAAGACAGACUUUAAAAAUAAACAAUUUAAAACCA